AUGGCUCUGUACAGACCCCUUGGAGCACACGUUCCACCAACUACCCAUUUGGAUCGCGAAGGAGCCAUUGCAAGGGCACGGCAACGUGGAUGCCUUUCGGAGACGCCUUUGGAGCUUCAAGAAGCUGGAAGUUGUUUGCAUAUGCCUGAAGCUGUGUGUGCAAAAGACGAUUUCACGCUGUUCGAUGCACUUGCUAUUGAUAUAGAGGAUGCGGGUUACCGAGAAAGAGGGGAUGCUCUUGGACCUCACAGGAGUCGCAAGCACUUGCAAAUUUGGGGUGAUGCAUUGUCGGGAUCUGUGCCGUUUGCACAAGUGAUAACGAAAGCCUUAGCCAUGUUUGACUUGACCCUGGUAGACUGCUGGGCCAACCUUUACCGUUCGCUUGACGAUGUGAAAUCUUGGCACCACGACAACUACCAAGACUGGACGCCAAGGCCGACGGCGACAAUUGGAAUCAGCUUGGGAGCCACUCGUGCUCUCGCCUUCCAGAACGCGAAGACGAAGAGUGAGCAUUACGUGUGGCAAGAAAAUGGCGACGUGUUCGCGUUUGAUGAGCCGUUCAACAAUUUCUUCAAGCAUGCGGUUCCCGCAGCACCAGCUGGGCUUGAAGGGACAGGGUCAAGAAAGCAGCGAAUCUCGAUCAUUUUGUUUGUCAACGAGCAAGACUGCAUCCCUCACACGCUGAGAGUGAAACAGCCUGGCAUGAGGGAGUGCAUUCCUUUGGAAGUGUCUUGGUCUACAUGGGAUACCUGCGGCUUUGGAAGCCUUUCCAGGCAAGACAGGGCAUCGGACAAGCAGAUCCUGUUUGAGGAGCCCAUAGCACAACAAUCUUGGUACAAAGCUGCCAAGUGGACAGAUGCCAGGAGCUUGUCAGAGCUUGAGGACUACAUUUACAAGCCGCUGGCCAAAGUGGUCUUGCAUGAGGGAUGCCAGUCAGGAGUAUCGUUCUACUCGCUACCGAAACGAACUGUGGUCGAUAGUGGAGUGCCACCAGCUCCAGCUCCACCACCAAGUAAACUGGAGCAACGUCCUGCAAGAGAGGACCCAGAACUGCUAUUGGCACGGCGGGCACUAACACUGCAGGGAGCACAACAAGUACUGGCGAUCCUCCGCGGAAAAAAGCUGAUUGAAAACCGUGCCUGGAGGAUCCCAGUGGGGUGGUAUGCAAUACAUGCCGGUGCACAGCAGAUCAACGAAGAGCGUGCUGAAAGGAUCAGAGCAGUUUGGCCCACGGCGCCUGCAGAGGAGACACUUCCUCACAGCGCAAUCCUGGGGCUGUUCUAUGUGCAGAGUCACACCACGCCACAGGCUUGCCCUUCAUAUGUGUGGGCGCGUGGGCCGAUAUGCCAUGUGAUUUCAAAAGCAGUCGAGCUACUCCGUCCUGUCCACUGUCGAGGUGGUAAAGGACUUUGGGAUCUUGAGGCGUGGCAAGUGCAGCAGAUCCAUCAGCAACUUGGAGAGGUCACUGUGCGCCAUCAUGACCUGUCAGAGGUGGGUGUCGCAUUGUGA